ACGCACAGAACAAAUAUAAAACACUCAUCCUUUCCUCUCUCUUCUUUAACCUCUUUCUUUCUUCUUCUUCAGGGAGAGAUGAUUCCCCCGACUUUCCUAUGAAACUCUUUUCUUUUUUUCUUCAAUUUCCCCGCAAAAUAUGGAACUCUAGAAAUCUGAACCAAACUCUCACUUUUCUUUUCUUUUGUUUAGCUGUCAACUUGUUUGUUUGACAAGCAGGGCUCAACUCUAGAGCUAUAGUUGAUUCGAUUAAGAUUCGCUGGUUUUGUUUUAGCGGGUCUUACGUCUGAUUUGUAAACCUUUUUGUGUUUCUUGUGUGUUGAUGAUGGAGAGAUCUGAUUCUAGAGAUCUUUACUACAACUUAGCUCGAGCUUCUUCAUCUAGUAAUAAUAAUAACAGCACACUCUUUGACGCAUCUCAAUAUGAGUUCUUUGGUCAAAGUCUUGAAGAAGUUGAAUUGGGAGGUCUUGAUGAUGAUGCCUGUUCUGUUCUCGGACACGCCGAUGAUGGUGAUGGGUAUCACUUGUUUGAUAAAAGAGAGGGUGCAGGUUUGGGAUCAUUGUCUGAAAUGGAUGAUCUCGCCACAACUUUUGCUAAGCUAAACAGAGUUGUUUCCGGGCCCAAACACCUUGGAGUCAUUGGUGACAGAGGAUCAGGUUCCUUUUCAAGGGAAAGUUCUUCUGCAACAGAUUGGACACAGGAUAACGAGUUCACAAGCUGGUUGGACAACCAGCACACGCUUGAAGAACAAGCACAUGAACCUAGCUGGGCUUCACAUCCACAUUCAUCAGCUAACUCAAACUCCUUGCACAGAACAUCCUCAUAUCCUCAGCAGCAAGCACAGCUGCAGCACUACAGCAGCGAACCGAUCAUCGUACCGGAAUCUACCUUCACCUCUUUUCCUUCCCCUGGAAACAGAGCUCAACAAUCUUCACCGAGCCAUAUUCACCGCGCUCCUUCUCUUCCCGGUAGCAGCCAGCUAAACCUCCCCGCACCGAACAGCUCUGCUUUCCAUCUUUCACAUGGACCGCCGCACUACAAUAGUAGUAACUUGGCUAGGUACGCCUCAUGCGGUCCUACUCUUGGUAACAACACGGUGCAACCUCCUCCUCCUCACUGGGUUACUGACCCCGGCCUUCUUCUUCUGCACGGCGAUCGCUCCGGACUGUUACACAGUCUUGUCCAACAGCAACAACAGCAGCAGCAGCAACUCCAGCUCCCUCCUCGGAAUGGUUUCGCAUCACAACAACAGCUGAUCUCUCUUCAGCAGAGACAACAAUCUCUAGCGCAUCUCGCCGCGUUACAGUCCCAGCUGUACAGCUCAUGCCCUUCCCCAUCCCGCGAAGCAAGGGAACACAAACACAAGCCGUCUCACAGGAGCCGAAAGAACAGAAGCAGCAGCGGAGGAAGCGGCCUCCUCUCCCAACAGGCAUCUCUCUCCAGCCAGAAAAGCGAGACCGGACUUCAGUUCAGAUCGAAGUACAUGACGUCAGAAGAGAUCGAGAGCAUCCUCAAGAUGCAGCACUCCAACUCCCACAGCAGCGACCCUUACGUCAACGAUUAUUACCACCAAGCUCGGCUUGCUAAAAAGUCUUCAAAGACUCUCUUCUGUCCUUCUCAUCUGAAGGACCACCACCACAACCACUCUCGGUCUCGUAAUAGUACUAGUAGCUCGGAUCAGCAGCCGCAAGUCCACGUGGACGCUCUUGGAAAGAUCAAUCUUCCUUACGUUUGCAGGCCACGCGCUUUACUAGAGGUUGUUGACUCACCUCCUCGUGGAAGGUCUCAUCUGGAGGAGGAACCUCUCGUUGCGGCUAGAGUCACAAUCGAAGAUGCUUUCGGAGUUCUUAUAGAUAUAGUCGACGUCGACAGGACUCUCCAGUGCAACCGUCCGCAAGACGGUGGCGGCUCUCAGCUCGUGAGGAAGCGUCAGCUCCUCCUAGAAGGCUUAGCAACUUCUCUCCAGCUCGUCGAUCCCUUCAAAAACAAAACCGGUUUGACCUCAAAGGACGAUAUCGUCUUUCUACGCAUAGCGACGCUUCCCAAGGGGAAGAAGCUGCUCGCAAAGUAUAUACAGCUUCUUGUCCCCGGUACUGAGAUCGCUCGUGUUGUCUGCAUGGCUGUGUUUCGCCACCUCAGGUUUUUAUUCGGUGGUUUACCUUCGGAUGCUAGUGCAGCGCAGACAGUAGGUAACCUUGCUAAAGCGGUUACCGUCUGUGUCCAAGCGAUGGAUCUGCGAGCGCUGAGCGCUUGUCUCGCGGCUGUUGUCUGUUCCUCGGAGCAGCCGCCUCUCAGGCCUAUAGGAAGCCCUUCGGGGGAUGGAGCGUCGGUUGUGUUGGUGUCUCUUCUCGAGAGAGCUGCUGCUGAUGAAGUUGUGAAGAACUCGAACGGUGGACUGUGGAGAGCCUCGUUUGAUGAGUUCUUCGUGCUGCUUACGAAAUAUUGCAGGAGCAAGUAUGAGACGAUACAUGGUCAGAAGCAGGAGAAUGCUGCAGCAGCUGCUGGUGAUGUGUUGGAGGUAGCUAUAAAGAGGGAGAUGCCUGCUGAGCUUUUGCGUGCGAGCUUGCGUCAUACGAGUGAAGAGCAGCGGAACUUUUUGCUCAACUUUGGUCGUAAAGCUUCUUCUUCACAGGCGCCUGUGAGCGAGUUGACAACCGGUACUGCAAGGGGUGGACAGGUUAACUCUGAGUCUGUCAGGGCUUAACUUUAACCAUAUAUAGGAAAGAACCUGGGCGGGGGGCUGUAUGAAUCUUUCACAGGGGUUCAGGUGAUAAAUGUUGUUUACUUAUUUUAGAUUGUGCGUUUUAGAUCUCUUUAAACUUGUUAUGGUUGAUGUGGGAAAGAAACAUUGAAGUGGGAGUUGGUAAAACAUAAGUGAAAUCCUGGGAAGAGCUGUGUUUUUUGGUGCUCUGGCUCCUACAUGUACGUAGGGCUCAUUAGGGUUUGGAAGGAGACUAGUGUUUGCGACUCUGUACAGACUGAUGGUGAAUGGUGAUGAGCAAGAUGAUGAUGAUGGUUUGAUGUGUGCGGGAGCUAAGAGGCCUUUUGUUGUCUUAGCUCCUUGUGGGUCUGUGUUGAAAUAUGUGCAUUGUGUAACAGUAAGGAACGCAUAGUCUUUUCUUUUUCUGAAAUGUUGUUUCUGUUGAACCAAUGAACCAUGUUUCGAAUCUCCGGUUGGUACACGUCACUAGGUCGUAUGUAUCUGGAUAGAGGCUAAUUCGAAAUGUGUUAUAUUUUCUUAAGAAGUUGGAAAGUUUAAAAUGUUUUA